AAGAACUUUUGGAACAUGUGGCGGGCAUUUCUUGUUGUAACCUUGUUUGUCAUCGAAAGCAAUGCCAACGAUUGCGUACCUCGUAGUUUAGGACCCGACAGAAUCGUAUGCGUUUGUAACGCAACGUACUGCGAUGGUUUACCGGAAAAUCAUUCCGAAGUCCCUACAGAUGGGUCUUCAAACUGGUAUAUUUCAAACAAAGAGGGGUUCAGACUGAAGAGGGCAACGGUAGAGUUUCAAAAUUAUAAAGAGAAUCCGGCAUGCAAUAUAACCAUAGUCGUCAACAGUACUAAAAAGUAUCAACAGAUUCUUGGCUUUGGAGGCGCCUUUACCGAUUCUACUGGUAUAAACAUAAAGAAGCUCAGCCCGGGUGCUCAAGAGAAUUUGAUGAGGACGUAUUACGAUCCAAAGACAGGAAGUGGGUAUACUUUGGGUCGGAUACCAAUCGGAGGAACUGAUUUCUCAACGAGACCUUACACGUACGACGACACUUCGAACGACACUUCAUUAGAACACUUCGCACUCGCGCCAGAGGAUUACCAAUAUAAAAUACCUUUCGUGAAGAAAGCUCUCGAAUUAAAUCCUUCCGUAAAAUUGUUCAGUGCUGCUUGGUCAGCUCCAGCGUGGAUGAAAACGGACAACAAACUCAACGGAUUUGGUGGUUUCUUGAAAAAGCAAUACUACCAACUCUAUUGCGAUUAUCUGUUGAAAUUUUUGGAUGCAUAUAAGAAGUACGGUCUCAAGAUUUGGGCUGUUUCGACGGGUAACGAACCAGCCGAUGCUUUAGUACCGUUUGACCCCCUGAACAAUAUGGGAUGGUCUCCUGAGAGUAUGGCCAUAUUCAUUGCUGACUACUUGGGACCAACUCUAGCCAAAUCGGACCAUAAAGAUACAAUAAUUUUGGCAUUGGAUGAUCAAAGAAUUUAUAUACCGUGGUAUAUAUACUUAGUGUUUUUAAAUGAAAAGGCAAGGGAGUACACAGCAGGAGCGGAUAAAUUUCUCCUGAUGACAGAAGCAUGCAUAGGUAGCCAAAGUUUGAUAAAGGUUGAUCCAGGGUCGUGGGAGCGAGGAGAAAUAUAUAUGCUGAGCAUAAUAGAAUAUAUGAACAACUGGUAUGUCGGAUGGAACGACUGGAAUCUAGCUCUUGACCUAAAAGGUGGACCAACUUGGAUUGGGAAUAACGUUGAUUCACCUAUUCUUGUCAAUGCGGACACGGAUGAAUUUUACAAGCAACCUAUGUAUUAUGCUCUCAAUCAUGUCAGUGGAUUCGUGGAUACGGGUUCUUACCGCGUUGACAUCGGCGGUACCACCGACUCUAUCCACGGCGUAGCAUUCGUCGCACCUUCGAAUAAGACUACUAUCGUGCUGUACAACAAAGAUAAGGUUGCACAUAAAGUGCUUUUGAGGGACGUACAGAAGGAUAACAAAGAUACCCUUAGCCUGGAAUUGUCCCCGCAAUCGAUGAACACCUUCGUAUACUGACUAUAAAAUACCCAUGUAUUAUAUAAUCCACGAAGCUAUAACGUCACCUGUAACAAUAAAUCAGACGUGUGCAGCAAGUAAAA